AUGCUGCAGCUGGUGGUGCUAAGCCGCGAGCUCGGCACCAGCACGGGACAGCUCCGUCGUCGAGUGGGAAACGCACGCAAGAGCGACAGCAGUCAGGCAAGCAACAGCAGUCAGGCAAGCGACGCAACCCGUUUGCACCUUCUGCAAGAGCUCCUUGUGCAGAAUGGAAUUUGUUUACAUCUACUUCAAGAGCUCCAGCACAAGCACCAGUGUCUUCACUCACGUCGGAGUACAGUCGUCCGGGGCGCCGACAACAGCGAGCACGUUUGCCGACAGCGAUUACGAAGCUGCUGCGCUGUCCGAAGCCCUUGGCACUGUUGCUGUUACAAAACAGGCCAAGACUUGUUCACGAUUGGCUUCGGUUUCCAAGUGUGUGCAACCCGUGUCGCCAGGGCCAGUUGGCCUGUCCUUAUCAUCGGGCUAUCACCGAUCAUGGCUUCAUCGUCGUCGCCUGCAGCAGCGCGUGCAAGCGCUUGCAUGGAUUACGGAUAUGACGACUUGAAGUAUGGCAUGCCGGAUUCCGACUCGCUCGAGUUUUCCGUGGAUGAGCCGACCGGGGUUGAUGUAGGUGAGAGGUCAGAUUCUUUUAGAACGCCUACAGCACCGGCAUCCAAGACUAGGGUGCCAGUGCAAGAACUUAGACCGACGCUGAAGGCACCCGUGCACGAUGAAUUUGAUCUCACAUAA